CUGUCCUCUGAUUGGACGAGCAGUUUCAGCACAACUAGCACCAACUCGGUCAGUGUAGUUCAUAAACAAUUCAUCUUCUUAUCGGCUUCUCGGUUGAAUUAUAAUAUUCUCCGCAGUUCUGAGGAAAUCUCGUCGAAACUGUCUUGAGUUUCGUCUGAAUGGCUGAAGCCUCCGUUACAGACACAUCGAAGUUGAAUCCAGAGUCUGCCGAGUUUGUACCACAAGCUAAACCCAACCAGCCCUACUCUAGGAGAAGUUACAGGCAGCAGCACCACACUCAGGACUGGAGGGCUCAACAUGUUAGGCCUCAUCAUCACUUUAGACAGUCCGAUGCGACUAAGCAUGGUCAAGAUGAGUCUGACAACCCUGCCAGUUAUACAUUACCGCCUCCUGAACUUCCCAUCAGAGGAGACGGAAGAGGUAGAGGAAGAGGAGGAAGACAAAGAGGAGGACGUGGUGAUGGUAGGCGCAUUAAUGACCAUCGUGCUCCGAAUGAGAGAUGGACAAAACCUGGAAGUGAUAACGACUACUCGGGAAGGGACCACGGAGCUUGUGGCCAUGAGCGACCCAACUCACCCACUUCUAAUAGAUCCACGGAUGAGGAGAAGAAAGAAAGAACAACUGUGGAAGCCGACGUAAGAGUGUCUUAUCAAGCUAGCCGACGUAAACAGCCCAAUAAAGCAAGAGUUGAGAGAUCGAUAAAGGAGCCUCAGCCCAAGGACCAAGAGGAGAACAGGGAAAACCAGGCUGAUGCAGGAGACACAAAGCCUGCAGCAGUUCAUGAACAUCCAGAGCCUGAGCAGAGGAACCAUAAGGGAUGGAGAGGUGGAGAUCGCUGCAUGCAGCCCAGUUCCUGGAGGAAAGGGCCGGCCCCUAACCAUGGGAUUGAAGGUAACUGGAGAGAAAGAGAACCUGCUCAGAUCAGAGAGAAGGAGAUGAGAGGUGCAGAAGUUGAGGGCAGAAGACAAGAGGAGUCCAGCAGAAACAGAGGAGCUGCGAGAGGGGAGGAGAGGAGAGGUGCAGAAGUUGAGGGUGGAAGCCAUGAGGAGUUCAACAGGAACAGAGGAGCUGCGAGAGGGGAGGAGAGGAGAGGUGCAGAAGUUGAGGGUGGAAGCCAUGAGGAGUUCAACAGGAACAGAGGAGCUGCGAGAGGGGAGGAGAGGAGAGGUGCAGAAGUUGAGGGUGGAAGCUGUGAAGAGUUCAACAGGAACAGAGGAGCUGCGAGAGGGGAGGAGAGGAGAGGUGCAGAAGUUGAGGGUGGAAGCCAUGAGGAGUUCAACAGGAACAGAGGAGCUGCGAGAGGGGAGGAGAGGAGAGGUGCAGAAGUUGAGGGUGGAAGCCAUGAGGAGUUCAACAGGAACAGAGGAGCUGCGAGAGGGGAGGAGAGGAGAGGUGCAGAAGUUGAGGGUGGAAGCCAUGAGGAGUUCAACAGGAACAGAGGAGCUGCGAGAGGGGAGGAGAGGAGAGGUGCAGAAGUUGAGGGUGGAAGCCAUGAGGAGUUCAACAGGAACAGAGGAGCUGCGAGAGGGGAGGAGAGGAGAGGUGCAGAAGUUGAGGGUGGAAGCCAUGAGGAGUUCAACAGGAACAGAGGAGCUGCGAGAGGGGAGGAGAGGAGAGGUGCAGAAGUUGAGGGUGGAAGCCAUGAGGAGUUCAACAGGAACAGAGGAGCUGCGAGAGGGGAGGAGAGGAGAGGUGCAGAAGUUGAGGGUGGAAGCCAUGAGGAGUUCAACAGGAACAGAGGAGCUGCGAGAGGGGAGGAGAGGAGAGGUGCAGAAGUUGAGGGUGGAAGCCAUGAGGAGUUCAACAGGAACAGAGGAGCUGCGAGAGGGGAGGAGAGGAGAGGUGCAGAAGUUGAGGGUGGAAGCCAUGAGGAGUUCAACAGGAACAGAGGAGCUGCGAGAGGGGAGGAGAGGAGAGGUGCAGAAGUUGAGGGUGGAAGCCAUGAGGAGUUCAACAGGAACAGAGGAGCUGCGAGAGGGGAGGAGAGGAGAGGUGCAGAAGUUGAGGGUGGAAGCCAUGAGGAGUUCAACAGGAACAGAGGAGCUGCGAGAGGGGAGGAGAGGAGAGGUGCAGAAGUUGAGGGUGGAAGCCAUGAGGAGUUCAACAGGAACAGAGGAGCUGCGAGAGGGGAGGAGAGGAGAGGUGCAGAAGUUGAGGGUGGAAGCCAUGAGGAGUUCAACAGGAACAGAGGAGCUGCGAGAGGGGAGGAGAGGAGAGGUGCAGAAGUUGAGGGUGGAAGCCAUGAGGAGUUCAACAGGAACAGAGGAGCUGCGAGAGGGGAGGAGAGGAGAGGUGCAGAAGUUGAGGGUGGAAGCCAUGAGGAGUUCAACAGGAACAGAGGAGCUGCGAGAGGGGAGGAGAGGAGAGGUGCAGAAGUUGAGGGUGGAAGCCAUGAGGAGUUCAACAGGAACAGAGGAGCUGCGAGAGGGGAGGAGAGGAGAGGUGCAGAAGUUGAGGGUGGAAGCCAUGAGGAGUUCAACAGGAACAGAGGAGCUGCGAGAGGGGAGGAGAGGAGAGGUGCAGAAGUUGAGGGUGGAAGCCAUGAGGAGUUCAACAGGAACAGAGGAGCUGCGAGAGGGGAGGAGAGGAGAGGUGCAGAAGUUGAGGGUGGAAGCCAUGAGGAGUUCAACAGGAACAGAGGAGCUGCGAGAGGGGAGGAGAGGAGAGGUGCAGAAGUUGAGGGUGGAAGCCAUGAGGAGUUCAACAGGAACAGAGGAGCUGCGAGAGGGGAGGAGAGGAGAGGUGCAGAAGUUGAGGGUGGAAGCCAUGAGGAGUUCAACAGGAACAGAGGAGCUGCGAGAGGGGAGGAGAGGAGAGGUGCAGAAGUUGAGGGUGGAAGCCAUGAGGAGUUCAACAGGAACAGAGGAGCUGCGAGAGGGGAGGAGAGGAGAGGUGCAGAAGUUGAGGGUGGAAGCCAUGAGGAGUUCAACAGGAACAGAGGAGCUGCGAGAGGGGAGGAGAGGAGAGGUGCAGAAGUUGAGGGUGGAAGCCAUGAGGAGUUCAACAGGAACAGAGGAGCUGCGAGAGGGGAGGAGAGGAGAGGUGCAGAAGUUGAGGGUGGAAGCCAUGAGGAGUUCAACAGGAACAGAGGAGCUGCGAGAGGGGAGGAGAGGAGAGGUGCAGAAGUUGAGGGUGGAAGCCAUGAGGAGUUCAACAGGAACAGAGGAGCUGCGAGAGGGGAGGAGAGGAGAGGUGCAGAAGUUGAGGGUGGAAGCCAUGAGGAGUUCAACAGGAACAGAGGAGCUGCGAGAGGGGAGGAGAGGAGAGGUGCAGAAGUUGAGGGUGGAAGCCAUGAGGAGUUCAACAGGAACAGAGGAGCUGCGAGAGGGGAGGAGAGGAGAGGUGCAGAAGUUGAGGGUGGAAGCCAUGAGGAGUUCAACAGGAACAGAGGAGCUGCGAGAGGGGAGGAGAGGAGAGGUGCAGAAGUUGAGGGUGGAAGCCAUGAGGAGUUCAACAGGAACAGAGGAGCUGCGAGAGGGGAGGAGAGGAGAGGUGCAGAAGUUGAGGGUGGAAGCCAUGAGGAGUUCAACAGGAACAGAGGAGCUGCGAGAGGGGAGGAGAGGAGAGGUGCAGAAGUUGAGGGUGGAAGCCAUGAGGAGUUCAACAGGAACAGAGGAGCUGCGAGAGGGGAGGAGAGGAGAGGUGCAGAAGUUGAGGGUGGAAGCCAUGAGGAGUUCAACAGGAACAGAGGAGCUGCGAGAGGGGAGGAGAGGAGAGGUGCAGAAGUUGAGGGUGGAAGCCAUGAGGAGUUCAACAGGAACAGAGGAGCUGCGAGAGGGGAGGAGAGGAGAGGUGCAGAAGUUGAGGGUGGAAGCCAUGAGGAGUUCAACAGGAACAGAGGAGCUGCGAGAGGGGAGGAGAGGAGAGGUGCAGACGGUGAGGGUGGAAGCCGUGAGGAGUUCAACAGGAACAGAGGAGCUGCGAGAGGGGAGGAGAGGAGAGGUGCAGAAGGUGAGGGUGGAAGCCGUGAAGAGUUCAACAGGAACAGAGGAGCUGCGAGAGGGGAGGAGAGGAGAGGUGCAGAAGGUGAGGGUGGAAGCCGUGAAGAGUUCAACAGGAACAGAGGAGCUGCGAGAGGGGAGGAGAGGAGAGGUGCAGAAGGUGAGGGUGGAAGCCGUGAAGAGUUCAACAGGAACAGAGGAGCUGCGAGAGGGGAGGAGAGGAGAGGUGCAGAAGGUGAGGGUGGAAGCCGUGAGGAGUUCAACAGGAACAGAGGAGGUGCAAGAGGGAAAAGGCCACUACUGCAGAAUCCAGGGCCGAGGAGAGGUGGAGGUCCAGAGCGACGGACCGGACCGGUGAAGCGCAUGGAGCCUCCCAAAAGCAAAGAAACCCAGACAGGUUGUCUAAUUGAGCAGCUGACGGAGGAGAAGUAUGAGUGUAUGGUCUGUUGUGAAGUGAUUCGGGUCAUGGCUCCGGUUUGGAGCUGUCAGAGCUGUUUCCAUGUAUUCCACCUUAACUGCAUCAAGAAAUGGGCUCGCUCACCUGCAUCUCAAGCUGAUGGUACGUCAACUGCCUCUCACCUAUGA